CGCGCGGGAUAAUACCGCGUGGACUACGGUGGCCCUCGUCGUUGGGGGGCUGCAGCUGGUCGCCGUCGCCGGCUCGUUCAUGGCGAAUGAGCGGCUAAGAGCGCUGGAGGAUGUGGAGAAGGAGAUAGCGACGAUCCUGCAGUGCGCCGGUAACAUCGUACUGGAGCUGUCCAAAGACAAACACAACGCCAGCCUGCUGGACAGACAGCUGGUCCAGUUCCAGGGCUCCGUCAACCGAGUGGAGAGCGAACUGAGCGGCCAGAUCCGGUACCUCACACAGGUAGCCACCGGACAGCCUCAUGAGGGUUCCACCUAUUCUGCUCGGAAGGACUGUCAGAUGGCACUGAACAGAGCCGAGUACGCCAAGGUCAAACUGGGAGAACUGGGACGAACCUGUGAAGUUAUGCUGGAGCAACAACAGCAGCAGCAGCAGCAGCAGCAGCAGACAUGAGAGCAGAGGGGCAUUCACUGCAGCAUUUCACCCAAAUCACUGUAUUUGCCACCAGCCCGUAACAAUAUUUUAUUGAUCCUUUUCAAUUUUUAUUAACGUUGCAUUUCUGGGUAUAUGUUUUUGUUUCUUAGGGGAUUUCUUCUCUAUUCACGUGCAUAUGUAGACUGUGUUACAUUUCUUCAAAUACAAAGAAACGGAUACCAAACGUUUCAGCAUAUCAAUGCAAACAAUAUUAUUUGUUUGCAUUCUUCAGUUGUCUGGAAUAAAAAGCAAUGUAAAAAAAU